CCCCGAGCCCUUUCCCACUCGACUUCUCCCCCUUCUCAUCAUCAUCAUCGUCGUCGUCGUCGUCUUCUUCCUCCUCCUUCUCUUUCUCUAUCUCUUCCUCCCCCACCAAUACCAUCGCCACCACCACCACCAAUGCAGCAUUUCAAAAUAUAACCUGGCGGGUCCGACCCUCACGUGAAUCCCACGCUCAUCGACCUCUCCUCUCCCUUUAUCCCCCCUCCCUCCCCACCACUCUUAAACCUCCUCCCCUUCUCACUCUCUCAUCUGAUAUUCUCUUCCUGGUUUUUGAUUGCUUGAUGGACGCCUAUCAGAAGAAGGCGCGCGGGGACGCCCUGCUGGGAUGCUUCGCCAAGGAGCAGCCGCCCAGGCCUUACAAGAAGAGGCUCAGCGAGGAGCAGGUCAAGUUCUUGGAGAUGAGCUUCAGCUUGGAGAAGAAGCUGGAGCCGCAGAGGAAGGUCCAGCUCGCCUACGAUCUGGGCCUGCACCCGCGGCAGGUCGCGAUCUGGUACCAGAACAAGAGGGCGAGGUGGAAGACGCAGAGGCUCGAGCUCGACUACAACUCCAUGAAGCUGCAGAUGGAGUCGGUGGUGUCGGAGAAAAGGAGGCUGGAGAAGGAGGUGGCCAGGCUCGGCGCCGAGCUCCAGUGCGCCAGGGAGCUGCUCAAGAAGAACUGCGGCAUCGAGCUCCGGGGCUUUGACGAGGAAUGCGGGUCGGCCGUCGAGGGAAAGAGCAGCGAGGAGAGUGGUAGAAAGGAGGAAGAAGACGCCGGCAGCAGCGGCGGUGGUGGCGGCAGCGGCGCCGGCGGAGUGAAGAUGGAGAAUGGUGCUGUCAGCAUGGAGGAUUUGUACGCUUGUUUGGUAGGUUUCGAGGGACAUCCCCACGGGAAGUUGCAGUUCUAUGAUCUAUUCUAGAGCUUUCAUGUCUGCCCAAGUAACAUAGUUCCAUCCAUCUUCCUUAAUUUCCCGGGUUUCGUGUGAAUGGAGAAGCUAUAGCGCGGGCCUUCAUGCUUAUACGUGUAAAGACAAGAGACGAAGAAGCAUGACAUUGAAGCACUCGUAGUAUAAUAUGAUACCUGCUCGAUCGUAUGAUUUCUCAUUUCUUACUUUCCGUCUUUCAUUUUUGGUGUUUCUGGUAUCUACCUAUAUGCUCUAGUGAAGCAGCUCGGAGAAUGGUUUCCGUCCAAUCUGAGUUGUGAUGUUAAAUGAAGAGAUUGUAAAUGAAA